UAGAACUUUGGAGUCCCACGCGACAGCUUGCCCGCGCGCUCUACUACAACACACGCGCACAAUCUGAGCGGAGUUUCUCACGGGCUACACUGACGACCAACACGCCUUCUGGAGAACAUUUAUUUAUUUAAACAUAUUUAUUGCUUAUUAUUUUUGGAACUGGAGAGAUAAUCUAUGGAUCUAUGAAAGCUCUGAGUGGAUUUGAACUACAUUUGUGACGGGAUGAACCGUUUCUUUUUGAUAGCCUUAUUUCUCGGGACGGCUGUGCUGUGUGAGGGGAAAGGUCUCAGGUGUUUGGAGCCAUGUCAGAACGGAGGAACGUGUGAGCUCACAGCCAAUGGAAAACCAGGCUGCAGCUGUCCUGUGGACUAUGCGGGUGCCCAGUGCCAGUUCCCAAACCCAUGCAGUCCAUCACCAUGCCGGAAUGGCGGUGUGUGUCGCCCACGCACACAGGGCAAUGACGUGGAGUUUACAUGCGACUGCACGCUGGGUUUCAGUGGGCCGCUGUGCCUGACACCUGUCAAUCACGCCUGCAUGAGCUCACCGUGCCGCAAUGGAGGAUCCUGUUCACUCCUUACACUCAGCACCUACAGCUGCCGCUGCCCUCCUGGCUGGACAGGUAAGACAUGCCAACAGGCGGACCCCUGUGCAUCAAACCCCUGUGCCAACGGUGGCCGGUGCUCAGCAUUCGACUCUCACUUCAUCUGCACGUGCCCACCCAGCUUCCACGGGCCCACAUGCCGUCUGGAUGUAAACGAGUGCGCCACGACUCCCUCACCCUGCCAGAACAACGGAGUGUGUAUAAACGAGGUGGGCUCAUACCGCUGCCGCUGCCCACCUGAGUACGCUGGCACACACUGUGAGCGCCCCUUCCAGCCCUGCCAGCCUUCUCCAUGUGCUAAUGGGGGCACAUGCACACAGACCAGUGACACUGGCUACGCCUGUACCUGCCUGCCAGGCUUCACCGGGCAGGAUUGUGAGCAUAACAUUGAUGACUGUGUUCAGCAUGCGUGUGAGAAUGGAGGCAGGUGUAUAGAUGGUGUGAACACAUACAACUGCCACUGUGACAAACACUGGACAGGUCAGUACUGCACAGAAGAUGUGGACGAGUGUGAGCUGUCCCCAAAUGCCUGCCAAAAUGGUGGCACAUGUCACAAUACAGUGGGCGGUUUCCACUGCGUGUGUGUGAACGGCUGGACAGGCGAUGACUGCAGCGAGAACAUUGAUGACUGCGCCAGUGCAGCCUGCUAUCACGGAGCCACAUGCCACGACCGUGUCGCAUCAUUCUACUGCGAGUGCCCACACGGACGCACUGGUCUGCUGUGUCAUCUGGAUGAUGCGUGCAUCAGUAACCCAUGUCAGAAAGGCUCCAACUGUGACACCAACCCCGUCAAUGGCAUGGCCAUCUGCACCUGCCCUCCUGGCUACACCGGCUCUGCCUGCAACCAGGACAUCGACGAGUGCUCCCUUGGGGCCAAUCCAUGUGAGCAUGGUGGCCGGUGUCUGAACACCAAGGGCUCAUUCCAGUGCAAGUGCCUCCAAGGUUAUGAAGGGCCACGCUGCGAAAUGGACGUGAACGAGUGCAAGUCUAACCCAUGCCAGAACGAUGCCACCUGCCUUGAUCAGAUUGGUGGUUUUCACUGCAUUUGUAUGCCAGGGUAUGAAGGCGUGUUUUGCCAGAUCAAUACAGAUGACUGCGCCUCCCAGCCUUGUCUUAACAAUGGCAAAUGCAUCGACAAGAUCAACACUUUCCACUGCGAGUGUCCUAAAGGAUUCUCUGGGAGCCUGUGCCAAGUGGAUGUAGACGAGUGUGCAAGCACGCCAUGCCAGAAUGGAGCCAAGUGCACUGACGGGCCAAACAAAUACACCUGCGAGUGCAAAGAAGGUUUUACAGGCUCUAUGUGUGAGAUAGAUAUAAACGAGUGUGCCUCAAACCCAUGCCACUACGGAGUGUGUAAGGACGGUGUGGCUUCAUUCACAUGCGCGUGUCGCCCCGGAUAUGCUGGCCGUCUGUGUGAGAUCAACAUCAAUGAGUGUUUGAGUCAACCGUGCCGUAAUGGGGGUACCUGCCUAGACCGGGAGAACUCGUACACCUGCAGCUGCCCUAAAGGAACAACAGGUCGGAACUGUGAGAUCAAUGUGGAUGACUGCAAAAGUAACCCAUGUGACUCUGGCAAAUGUAUCGACAAGAUCAACGGAUAUGAGUGCCUGUGUGAGCCUGGAUACACAGGCGCGACAUGUAACAUUAACAUAGAUGACUGCGUGCCGAACCCAUGCCGUAACGGUGGCACCUGUGUGGACGGCGUGAACUCGUUCACUUGCCUCUGCCCUGAAGGCUUCCAUGACUCCAUGUGCCUUUCACAGCGUGAUGAGUGUGCCAGCAACCCCUGCAUCCAUGGCAACUGUCAGCACCAGGCCAAUACCUAUGUGUGCGUGUGUGAGCCGGGCUGGACGGGCCGCAAUUGUGACCUGAACGUGAACGAGUGUUUGUCCAACCCGUGUGUAAAUGGUGGAACAUGCCGAGACAUGACCAAUGGCUACAUCUGCAGCUGCAAAGCAGGAUUCACAGGUCCUAAUUGCCAGACUAACAUCAACGAGUGUGCAUCCAACCCCUGCCUGAACCAGGGCACCUGUAUUGAUGAUGUAGCUGGAUACAAGUGCAACUGCUUGCUGCCGUAUACAGGUGAGCUGUGUGAGAGUGUGUUAGCGCCCUGCUCUGCACGCCCAUGUAAGAACAGAGGUGUGUGUCGUGAGUCUGAGGACUACCAGAGCUUCUCCUGUGCUUGCCCAACUGGCUGGCAAGGUCAGACAUGUGAAGUGGACAUCAACGAAUGUGUGAAGUCCCCAUGCCGUAAUGGCGGCGUGUGCGUGAACUCAAUGGGUGGUUUCCAAUGCCGAUGUAACCCAGGAUUCACAGGAGACCUGUGUGAGACUGACAUUGACGACUGCACUCCUAACCCCUGCAGCAACGGUGGUGUGUGUGUGGACCGUGUGAAUGGCUUCACAUGUGUGUGUGUGGCUGGAUUUCGUGGUGAACGUUGCACUGAGGACAUCGAUGAGUGUGUGAGUGCCCCCUGCCGCAAUGGGGGGAACUGCACAGACUGCGUGAACAGCUAUACCUGCAGCUGCCCAGCUGGAUUCAGCGGCAUCAACUGUGAGAUCAACACACCUGACUGCACUGAGAGCUCCUGCUUCAACGGUGGUACAUGUGUGGAUGGGAUUAACUCAUUCUCAUGCGUCUGUCUGCCCGGGUUCACGGGCAGCUACUGCCAGCAUGACGUAAACGAGUGUGACUCAGGACCAUGCCUUAACGGCGGCACAUGCCAAGACGGCUACGGCACCUACAAAUGCACCUGCCCACAUGGCUACACGGGCACCAACUGCCAGAGCCUGGUGCGCUGGUGUGAUUCAUCUCCCUGUAAAAAUGGGGGCUCAUGUUGGCAACAGGGUUCUUCCUUUACAUGUCAGUGUGCCAGUGGCUGGACUGGCAUCUACUGCGAUGUGCCCAGCGUCAGCUGUGAGGUCGCCGCUCAGCAGCAAGGUGUAUCUGUGGCAGUUCUGUGCCGUAACGGAGGCCAGUGUGUAGAUGCAGGCAGCACACAUCUGUGCCGGUGCCAGGCAGGCUACAUGGGCAGCUACUGCCAGGAGCAGGUGGACGAGUGUGUGCCAAACCCAUGUCACAAUGGUGCAACCUGUACCGAUUACCUGGGUGGAUACACCUGCGAGUGUGUGGCGGGAUACCAUGGGGUAAACUGCAGCAAGGAGAUAAACGAGUGUGCGUCUCAGCCUUGUCAGAAUGGAGGCACCUGCAUCGACCUCGUCAAUACCUACAAGUGCUCCUGCCCUCGAGGAACUCAAGGUGUUCACUGUGAAAUCGAUGUGGAUGAUUGUUCCCCGGAUGUGGAUCCUGAGACUGGCGAGCCACGUUGUUUUAAUGGUGGGCGCUGUGUGGACCGGGUGGGUGGCUAUGGGUGUGUUUGCCCUCCAGGCUAUGUGGGUGAGCGAUGCGAGGGUGACGUGAAUGAGUGCUUGUCUGACCCCUGCGACCCGAACGGAUCCUACAACUGCGUCCAGCUGGUUAACAGCUACCGCUGUGAAUGCCGCACAGGGUAUACAGGCCAGCGCUGUGACACUGUGUUUGACGGCUGUAAGGAUAAGCCCUGUAAAAAUGGUGGAACCUGUGCAGUCGCGAGCAACACCAAACAUGGAUACAUCUGCAAAUGCCCACCUGGUUUUUCAGGCUCAUCUUGUGAGUACGACUCAAGCUCAUGUGGCCCCCUGCGCUGCCGCCACGGUGCUACCUGUGUCGCGGGCCCACGCUGCCUUUGCCCACCAGGUUACAGUGGACCCGAGUGCCAGACACGCCUUGAUUCUCCAUGUGCUUCCAACCCAUGCUACAAUGGUGGCACGUGCCAGGCAUCUGCAGAGGCCCCAUUCUUCCACUGCCUGUGCCCAUCACACUUCAACGGCCUCUUCUGCCACAUCCUGGACUAUUCGUUCAACGGGGGCCGGGGUCUGGACAUCACCCCUCCCCCAGCUGAAUCAGAAGAGGCAGAGCCAGGUUGCGAGGUGCCACAGUGUGAGCAGCGAGGCGGUGACGGUGUGUGUGAUGCAGCAUGUAACAGUCACGCAUGCGGCUGGGACGGCGGCGACUGUUCGCUCAAUUUUGAUGACCCCUGGCACGAGUGCAGUGCUGCCCUGCAGUGUUGGAGGUACUUCAACGAUGGCAAGUGCGACAUGCAAUGUCAUAGUGCUGGCUGUCUCUACGAUGGCUUUGACUGCCACCAGCUCGAGGGCCAGUGCAAUCCCUUGUAUGAUCAGUACUGUAAGGACCACUACUCGGACGGCCACUGCGAUCAGGGCUGCAAUAGUGCUGAGUGUGGCUGGGAUGGGUUGGACUGUGCUGAGGAUGUACCACAGCGUCUGGCAUCCGGCAUCCUGGUGCUUGUGGUGCACUUGCCACCCACUGAGCUGCUCAACAGAUCUUCCUCCUUCCUCCGCCAGCUUAGUGCCCUGUUGCGCACCAAUGUCGCCCUCAAGCGCCAUGCCACCACAGGCGAGCCUCUAGUCUACCCAUACUACGGCACUGAACAUGAGCUGAGCAAACACACACGUACCGCCCAUGAGUGGAGCACAAAUCCUGGUCCCCUGCUGCAGCGCACUGCUAGGAGCCUGUCAGCGUUGCUCAAGCCCCGCCAUCGACGAGAGCUGGACAGCAUGGAGAUUAAAGGCUCCAUUGUAUAUCUGGAGAUUGAUAACCGGCAAUGUUACCAGCAGUCAGAAGAGUGUUUUCAGAGUGCAACAGAUGUGGCUGCAUUCCUGGGAGCACUGGCCUCCAGUGGCAAUCUCAAUGUUCCCUACAUUAUAGAGGCUGUUACAAGUGAGAAUGAGGCCCCUGGCCGUGGAGAGAUGUACCCCAUGUUUUUGGCUCUCCUGGUCCUGGCUGUGUUGGUCCUGGCUGCAGUUGGAGUUGUGCUGUCACGCAAGCGGAAGCGAGAGCAUGGCCAGCUCUGGUUCCCUGAGGGCUUUAAAGUGACUGAAACCAAAAAGAAACGCAGAGAACCUGUGGGAGAGGACUCAGUUGGACUUAAGCCUCUGAAGAACUCUGAUAGCACUCUGAUGGACGAGCAGCUGAGUGAGUGGGCAGAGGAAGACCACUGCAAACGCUUCAGGUUUGAUGACCACACCACACCAGAUAUAGGUAUCCAGCCAGAUCCACGUCAGUGGACUCAGCAGCAUCUCGACGCGGCCGACUUGCGCCUGACCUCGAUAGCUCCUACACCACCGCGGGCAGACACAGACACUGACUGCGUAGAUGUGAACGUACUUGGCCCCGAUGGCCUGACACCUCUGAUGAUCGCCUCAUGCAGUGGUGAGGCUGGUGAGGAGGAGGAGGGGGAGGAAGGCGUCAUUGCCAACUUCCUCUGGCAUGGCGCCGAUCCACACCAGCGUACAGAGCGUGCAGGUGAGACGGCACUGCACCUGGCUGCCCGUUAUGCCCGAUCUGAUGCCGCCAAGCGCCUUCUAGAGUCUGGGGCAGAUGCCAAUGCACAGGACCAUGCAGGACGAACACCACUACAUGCUGCUGUGGCUGCCGAUGCACAAGGAGUCUUCCAGAUCCUAAUUCGGAAUCGGGCUACAGAUCUGGACGCGCGCAUGAACGAUGGCACGACGCCACUCAUCCUGGCCACACGCCUAGCAGUGGAGGGCAUGGUUGAGGAGCUCAUCAACUGCCAUGCUGAUGCCAAUGCCAUUGAUGACUCUGGAAAGUCUGCUCUCCAUUGGGCCGCUGCUGUCAACAAUGUUGAGGCUGCUGUAGUGCUUCUGAAGAAUGGAGCCAACAAGGAUCUGCAGAACAACAAGGAGGAAACGCCCCUCUUCUUGGCAGCACGUGAGGGCAGCUACGAGACGGCAAAGCUCCUCCUCGACCACCUGGCCAAUCGUGACAUUACAGAUCACCUGGAUCAGCUGCCACGUGACAUUGCCAAUGAGCGUAUGCACCAUGAUAUUGUGCGCCUGCUGGAAGAAUAUAACCUGGUUCAGACCCCUCCCACUCUCACUCAUUCACCCCCAAUCUGCUCGCCCGAGGCUUUCCUGGGCAUCAGAACUAGCCCGGGUGGCACAAAUAACACGAAUAAUGUAAAGAAACCCCGCAAACCUGGAGGAAAGGAGGGAGGAAAGGAGAUGAAGAUGAAAAAGAAAAAGAACGGAGACACAAACAUCCUCUCUCCAGUGGAAUCAGAUGUCUCCUCACCCCCAAUGAUUACAUCACCCUUCCAACAGUCUCCACCUAUCACCCAUCACUUGCAAGGGUUGGCUGACUCCCAAAUGGGCGGGGCUCGCCUGGGAAUGGCAAAGCCAUUUGAUUCAGCUCCUCCACGCUUGUCUCACCUCGGAUUGGCUAAUAAUGGAGGUGGAGCCCAAACAGGGCCAUGUGAUUGGCUGGCAAGGGCACAGCAGCAGCAGCAACAAGGGGCAUUUUCAGCUAUAAUGCCAACGAUGCACCACGGCGCUAAUUUGCCGCAAGUGAUGGGUUAUCCCACAAUGCAAAGCAGCCACCUGGGCACAGCAGCUCACCUGCUGUCUAACCACAUGCAUCAAAACCAUCUGCAGCACCGAAACUCAAACUCCGCCCCCAAUCAUGGCCUCUCUCACCACUUCCUUGGUGACAUAAGCGGGACAGAACUUCAGUCCAACUCAAUUCAAACCAUGCUGCCACAGGAGACGCAGCGCCUGCCCCAGUCUAUGUCCAGCACCCAGUUUCUGACUCCUCCUUCUCAGCACAGUUACUCCGCCCCUAUGGACAACACGCCAAAUCACCAGCCACAGGUCCCUGAUCAUCCCUUCCUGACUCCAUCCCCUGGCUCUCCUGACCAAUGGUCUAGCUGCUCUCCACAUUCCAACUUAUCUGACUGGUCAGAGGGAAUCUCGAGCCCACCCACCAGCAUUCAUAUGAAUCACAUCCCCGAAGCAUUCAAGUAAUAAUGACAGCAAAGGAGGACAGCGAUAAAUGACUCUACUGCCAAAACUUUUUGACUACUUUAUACUAAUUAUACUUUAUUCCCUAAACUGCUUAUUUUUUAUUUAUUUAUGUGCUUUUGGACUACAUAUAUAAAAGAUCUUUUUUAUUUAUGCAUUUUAUUUGUAUUUUAUCAGUAAGCUGCUCAGAAAAAAAACUGAACUACUGUCUGCUGAGCAAAUAUAAGAUUUCAUGUUCAUGUUAAAUGCUUUGACCUUUUUAAUAGAUAUUUUUUGAGAUUCAGUAUUAAGUAAACUUGAUGUAAUCUUUUAAAACCAAGCUUUAGAUGUCUGUAAACAUCUGCAGAAAGAGUCUUAAAGUGUGAGAGACACAGAUUUUUGAAUGUUUAACAAAGGUUCUGGUCAUAUGACGCAUCCUUCUCGCUUACACACACACUUAAAGACUGGAUUAUGAUAUUUUGUAAUGACUCAAUAAUGUUACAAAGCUGAAUAAUGUCUGUGAAUGACAAACAUUAAAGUUCUCUAUUUGAAAAGUCUUGGAAUGGACAGAAUGGACAUUUUCCUUUUUGAGCACGCAGUUUGCUGUGCAAAACAGUGUGUAUAGUUUGUCUUAUGUUGUGUAGUCACUGCUGUGUUGACUUUUCGCAGCACCUGAGUUGAGGUCAGGUGGAGUUUCUGUGUAUGUAGCAAAGUGAUUUAUUUAUUCCUUUAAGUAGAUACGUGUCUGCCUUUUACAACCAUCACAAAACUGUUAUGUAAAAUUGUAAAAGUUAGAAUUUUUAUCGUUUUGUAAUUUCACACUGGAGCUGAGUAUGCAACUUUCAGGCUGGUUGUCAGAGGCUAGAUACCCUAUAAUAUGUACUAGAUAUGUAGAAAGGUGUGUGCGUCUGUGUAAGACAAAGAAUGUACACAGUUGUGUAUGUGUUGCACUGUGAUGACAUCAUUCGUGGUUGUGUAAAGCAGCCGGUGGGUGUCUGACAUGUUAAGUUUUAUAAACACUGAUCAAAUGUUUUACUACUGACAGAAUAAUGAUAUAUGCAUUUGUAGACUGUGAGAAGAAAUAAUUUUGUCCAAUGAUAUGUAAAAUAUUUUUCUUGAAACAAUAAAACAUUUUGCUUUUACAA